UCUACAAUUCAACUGUCGUUUGUAAAGAAAAGCAAUAUUCUUCAUGUGAUUUGAAAAACAUGCAGAAUAACACAAUUCAUCGGAUAUAAGCAAAUAGGGGGAAUACUUUCUGACGGUUUGCGGGAAAACAAAAUGUUUCAUUCAAAACGAAACUGUACGAUAUUCUCAAUUUCUACACUGCUAGCAGAAAACAUCGCAUCUGGAUGUAUAAAGUUAGCCAUGUUUAGUGUGUGUGUUUGGAGUGUAUGGUCAGGGGUGCUCCAAAGCAAGAAUUGCAUCCAAGCAACUGCCACCGCUACACCAAAGGUUCUACCAGCCUCAUUCAUGACCGAUCGCACCCUGUUGAAACUCCGGAAUCAAUUAUGUAAAAGAUGUGGGACAGCCAAGAGGAAUAUCUGUAAUGAAUUCAGCAAUGGAGACGUGUGUCAUUUACUCUGCGGAUGUAACAAUUAUAACGACAAGUGUCUAGCAACUGCCAGUUGCACAUGUCCACUCAAACUUGACGCAGGUUGUAAGCAAGGUGUUGCUGUGUGUGAGUUUGAUGAUGCAGUGGUUUGUUCAACCAGUAAGGAGAUUUGCAUGUACUACGAUGAAGCGAAAAUACACUGCGAUUGCUUAGAAGGAUGGACGGGUGUCAACUGUCAAACGUGUGAUCAACAACUAUCAGUUUGUGAUGGUUUAGUUGAGGAUACGUCAGGUGAUGAACCGGCCUCUUCAGGAUCUGACCUGACUGUUAAAGUGUUGGUAGUAGCAUGUGCGGUCUGUCUACUCAUCGGUGUAUUACUAGGUGUCAUAUGUGUCUGCCGACCAGGAAAACUAGUCGUUUGUAUUACUCGCAACUUUGGGAGACAAAAGGGAGAGGAGGCUAAGCGUACAACAGAAGAGCCAAAUCAGACGACUGUUGCACCAGCAAAGCAUAAUGAACACGACUACUGCCAUAUAGGUGGUCAGUACGCAGUCCCAGAUACACGUCCAACGUCAUCAGGAAAUACUGUCGCUACUGUUCGUUACACGGAACCAACACAACGCAACCAAGACGCUUCACGAACCGAUGACCCCAAUUACUACUUCAAACUCGAACCGUCUGCUGGUAUUGUAACUUAUGAAAGUGUUGCCUUAAUUGUUGAAGACAAAAACAAGCCUCGGUCGGCCAUUUCAGCUGACAGUUCACCGGAGAAACCCACUGAGUCGAUUUACAGCAGCGGACAGAAAUACUUGAACAUACCUAAGGAGGACAGAGUCCGGUCAUCUUCUUCACCUAAAGCUUUGUGUCAAACUACAACCACACUUGAUGAUAAUUACGAUCAUCUGGAGCGAAAAGUGGGCGUUACCAGUGACACGGAUGCCGGUUUUUACAGUCACUUAAAAUUGACUACGUAACAACUAGGCUUUGUCAAAUAAAGUUGAAGAUAUAACAACAUCAUUCAAUUGUAUUUUAUUCAGAAAAUAGAAUGUUGUCUGAAAUUAAAAUAAAAGGGACCAGUGAUGAUGCGCUGCCAUUGGGGAUAUUAUUGAACGAUAAGCUAUUUUUCAUAAUACACAUACAGGACUUAUUCUCUUAUUAAAACAAAGGCUUAUAAAUAGUAAAGGUAUGUAAAAAAUAAAACACUAAAAAGUGUUCAUGCCAUGUGUAUCUUUGGACCAAGGGUGAGUAUAGGUACAUGUGAACUUCAGAAUGGUUCUGUAGUUGACCAUCAGUCUAAAUAAAACCGGGUCAGAGUAUUGACCUGGAUCAGGGUCCGGUGGGGCUUGUCUUGGUUUUGGUUUCACGUUUCUGUAACAAAAUGGCAGAAAAGGCUCAACAUGACGCAAGGUCCGAGUUCAAUUUGCUUGUUAUACCUUUCUUUUUAUGGGUCAGGCCCCCUUAUGGGAACCGGCAGUUCUGACCCGGGAGUUUUUAGAAUGAGUUAAGGAUGAUUAAGCAUGGUUACCAUCAUUUGUUUUGUACAGGUGAUACUUUUCAAUGUCAAUAAUUAAUAAUUGAUUAAGAUGUAAACCUCAUAAGGUACCCCGCAUUAUAAUUCUUAUUGCUAAAUUUAGUUGCCUAAAUCGGAAAUUAAAUGUAAGGCAGGAUCAAAUACACGGUUAAGGCACUGGACACUAUUGGUGAUUACUCAAAAUAAUUUCUAGUACGAAAACGUACUUAGUAAAGAGCAAUGGGGAGCUGUUGAUAGUAUAAAAUAUUGCAAGAAACUGCUCCCUCUGAAGUAACAGA